GGCGCAGCGGACCGCUUCCACCACCACCCGCCGUGUGAGCGUCCAUCCCCUUCCUCCGAUCGAGCCAGGCAAACCCGGUGCCUCCUCUCCGCCACCGCGACGCCUCGGCCUUCCCUCCCUCUCCACCGCCUACGCUGCUUGCGAGGGGAGACGAAGCGGAGAUUGCCCCCCGCACGUACUCCUCCCGGCUCGGGAUUGGGAGGUAGGUUGUCAUGGCGGCGCCGCCGGCGAGGGCUCGGGCCGACUACGACUACCUCAUUAAGUUACUCCUCAUCGGAGACAGCGGUGUUGGAAAAAGUUGUCUCCUCUUACGGUUCUCAGAUGGCUCAUUCACCACUAGCUUCAUUACCACUAUUGGUAUUGACUUCAAGAUAAGGACCGUCGAGUUGGAUGGCAAACGGAUUAAGUUGCAGAUCUGGGAUACUGCAGGCCAAGAACGUUUCCGCACUAUUACAACUGCCUACUACAGGGGAGCAAUGGGCAUUUUACUUGUGUACGAUGUCACAGACGAGUCGUCUUUCAAUAACAUAAGAAAUUGGAUAAGAAACAUUGAACAGCAUGCCUCAGAUAACGUGAACAAAAUUCUUGUGGGGAACAAAGCUGAUAUGGAUGAAAGCAAAAGGGCUGUGCCCACUUCAAAGGGCCAAGCCCUUGCUGAUGAAUAUGGCAUAAAGUUCUUUGAAACGAGUGCAAAGACAAACCUGAACGUCGAACAGGUUUUCUUUUCAAUAGCAAGAGAUAUCAAACAGAGACUGUCAGAGACUGAUUCAAAGCCUGAGGAUCGAACUAUCAAGAUCAAAGCCGAGGGGGAAGCUGAGGCAGGAGCGGCACAGAAAUCAGCUUGCUGCGGCUCCUGAACCGUUCUCACUGCAAGAUUGGUGUUACAGCACAUGUAAUUUUUAUCAUUUUAUUCUUUGCCAGCAACUCUCCUUGUGUUUUACUUAAGUUAUCGCAAUUGUUGGGAUUUGGACAAAUGGGUGUUAAGUCAAAACAAUUACUUGCUA